CCAUCUUACAAGUCACAACAAAAGAGACUGGCGGUACAGUACAACGGUUAUUAUUUUAUUAAUGUUAUCGGCUUGGUCGGUUGGUGUUAGUACAGGAGGAAGGAGGACACGUGUCCGGGCCGAGCAGGAGUUGACCGUCCAACUCUCACAACACAGAUAUGGAGUGAAAAAACAAAUGGCAGUGGGAAGACAAGCAGUAAAUUGUGACAACACUGAUUGCCAUGGAAAGCUGCUAGUUUAUUGUGCACCCCAUAGUCAUCCUUUAAAUGGUAGUGCAAAAAAUAUUGCAGAGUAGAGGUCACAGAGGUGUUUAUCAGACCCCAGUGAUCAGGUUAUUGUGGUGUUGAGCGUUAAAAAUUUUUCCAAAACAUUAUUUGUUAAGUUCAGUGUAUUAGAACUUCACUGUUUCCACUUGUCUGCUUGCUUCAAAUUCAUCAUAAAGUUCUUGCCUGGUUACAGUUGUUAGGGUUCUGUUUGACAAUCCUAGAUUGUAUUCAACAAUGACUUUGUUGGUCACGAAUUUAGGAAAGGCAGAACAUUAUGUUUGGUGCAGGUGUAAACAACAGUGGACAUAGACAAAGUAUUACCAACUGAACGAAACAAUUCUAAGUUGACAAGAAAUUAUUCUUUGAUGUGGAAAUAUGUUGUAAAGAUUUCUCCCCUCAUGAAACUUUUGUCACAUGUAGUAAAAGUUUACCAGCUGUCACAAGUACACUAGUAUAUCAGCCUGAGUAUUAUUGUUUACCAGCCGUCACAAGUACCCUAGUAUAUCAGCCUGAGUAUUAUUGUUUACCAGCCGUCACAAGUACAGUAGUAUAUCAGCCUGAGUAUUAUUGUUUACCAGCCAUCACAAGUACAGUAGUAUAUCAGCCUGAGUAUUAUUGUUUACCAGCCAUCACUGUACUAUGUCAGCCUGAGUGUUAUUGUUUGCUGUACACCAGAGGAACUGCACAUAUAACAAUAGUGUACAGUAUAAUUUUUGUACACUUCUCUGUUGAGUGUUUUUAUAGUGGAUGUUGUAAGUCAUAAACAGUGUUUGUUAAUGACAAGUAUAGUUGUAUGUGUAACUCAUUCUUUACACCAAUUUUUACAUUUAGUUCAAAGAGGUAUAGAGGAACCUUGUUAAUAAUGGUGUAGUCACUUGACAAACUGGAUAUUCCAUCACACUUACCUCCUCACUGUCCUCCCAUCUCAACAUCAUGUCAGCAAAUCACAUUCACUAAUUGAUGUAUGUUUCAGUUUUCAUUGUCAAAUAUAAUUAACAGUAACAAGACAUUAAUAGUUCUUGUAGGAGGAAACAGUUUGCCAGUUAAGUGUCACUAAAACCUUUGAACACACAAUACACACAGUUUUAUAAUGGAAGGUCUCUCAGAGGAACAGGCAGAGUCUCCCAGAGAAUUGUCUGUAAAAUCACAUCAAGUAACACAUGUGAAAGAUGACUCACACCAGACUCUGUUUGUGUGUUCAGAAUGUCUUAAAGGAUUUUGUAGUAAACAGGGGUUAUUGACACACAUGGUAAUUCAUAAAGGAGAGAAACCAUUUCUGUGUUCAGAAUGUCUUAAAGGAUUUAGACGUAAACAGACUUUAGUGGAACAUAUGAGAAUUCAUACUAGAGAGAAACCAUUUCAGUGUUCAGAAUGUCUUAAAGGAUUUAGAAGUAAAAAAGAUUUAUUGAGUCAUAUGAGAAUUCAUACAGGAGAGAAACCAUUUCAGUGUUCAGAAUGUCUUAAAGGAUUUUGUAGUAAACAGGGGUUAUUGACACACAUGGUAAUUCAUACAGGAGAGAAACCAUUUCAGUGUUCAGAAUGUCUUAAAGGAUUUAGAAGUAAAAAAGAUUUAUUGAGUCAUAUGAGAAUUCAUACAGGAGAGAAACCAUUUCAGUGUUCAGAAUGUCUUAAAAGAUUUAGACGUAAACACCAUUUAUUGAGACAUAUGAGAAUUCAUACAGGAGAGAAACCAUUUCAGUGUUCAGAAUGUCAUCAAGGUUUUUCUAAAAGUUAUCUUCUAGUAAGACACAAGAAAGAUCACCCAGAAAAAACCUUUCCAAUGUGUAAAGUUGCAUGA